AUGAUGUACGUGUCUCGGCUGGUUCUGCUUCUGGGCCUCCUGCUGUGUCUGGGGGUCCAGCUCUCCACCGCCCAGCACUGGUCUCAUGGCUGGUACCCUGGAGGAAAGAGAGAGCUGGAGGCAUUCACCACCUCUGAGGUUUCAGACGAGAUCAAGCUGUGUGAGGCGGGGGAGUGUAGCUACCUGAGGCCCCAGCACAGGGGCACCUUGAGAAACAUCUUUAUGGAUGUCCUGGCCAGAGAGUUACAGAAGAGAAAGUGACAUCAGUUUGCGCUUCUUUUCUAAAUAG